CACACACACCCAGCCCGACCGUCUCUCGCCUGCCUCGCCUUCGCUCCUACUCUCAGACUGAUUUCGUCCGUCGCCGGUGCGUGUGUGCUAUUACGAGGUCAUUUCCAUCAACAUGUACGCAUUUAUCAUGAUGCUACAAGAGCGUUCCUUCGAGUCGUAUCGCCUUCGGGCACCACUGGAGACUGGUUUUCCUGUUACGGUUGGAGGAAAGGUGGGUGUGGUUCUUGGGACGGGAUUGACAAGAGCCGAAGCAAAAGCCGCAGGGACAGAAUAUUACAACAGAGUUUGCAAGUGGCAUAACGAAUCGUGUACUGACUGGAACUUCAAUACGCAAGAUGUUGGAGGAAGUGAACCCAACAGUCCCAGCGACAAAGAAGAAAGAGGAAAGCGGAAGGCGGAAGAUUCCCAGGAAGACUCUCCGAAUAAGCGUUCCAAGAGAGGAACGGAUUGAAGAAUCCAUCCUCGUAUCCUUGUACAUUUCUGACUUAUCUGUAUAUAUUCUGAUGAUUAUUUUUACUAAAAUUGACUAAGUUAGGAUAAGUUUUCAUUUUAUAUCAAUUUAUUUACUUGUUUAGCUCUGUAGUGUUCCAAUUGUUUUCUAAUUUUUGUGAUUUAGUCUUUUAAGUGUCAUUAUAUUCUUAGCUUACUUAAGCUGUCACCUUGCAAAUCUACUUUAUAUUUUGUACAAAACCUAGUAACUUUAUUAGUUCUAAAUAUUUUCACUGGCUUUUACUUGGAAGUGUGUAUGAUAUGCGAGAAAGUGGAAAGCAAAUACAGUAAUAAUCUAUUUGA